AUGCCACAGGUACCAGUGCUAACGUGUGAGCGGGAUAAUCCCAUGAUCAAGAACUCUAGCAUCCAUUCCAAGUCUCCCAUCAGGACUUUACUCCAAUGUUUGGCGUAUUAUCUCAUUGAACAUAUGACAGCAAGACAGGUACUCGAGGUUCGUAUCAAGGGUAGAUUUCUGCUCGGAAAUAUGUUGGAAGAAUAUACAUACGAAGAUAGCCAGUCAGCGACUAAUCACUGGCCAGAACAAACGGCAACAUCAACAGGCAUGCAAGGAAAUGAGCAUCCUAAAGAACAUUUGAAAUAUUACCUAACACGUGAACUAAUCCCAGAGAAGAAGGAAAGAGAAGAAAGAUUUUUGGCAUCUUCCCGGAUAACGCCAACCAGGCAAACAGCACCACUAGCUUCAUUCUCUAUAAAUCCUAUUAGCUCUGCAGAAAAUUUUAAGUUCAAUUCAGGUCCAGAUGCAUCUUUCAACUUCGAACAACAGCUUUGCAGUUCUCAGUUGAAUAAUUCAAAUCUUUCCCAACCUAGCAAUAACGCUUUCGAUAGCUCUGAUAGCUUAUGUUCGGAAAAUAGUCUUUGA